UUUUGGACAGAGAGGAUGGCACGUACCAAGCAGACAGCUCGCAAGUCCACCGGCGGGAAGGCGCCCCGCAAGCAGCUGGCGACCAAGGCUGCCCGGAAGAGCGCGCCGGCCACCGGGGGCGUGAAGAAGCCUCACCGCUACCGCCCGGGCACCGUGGCCCUGCGGGAGAUCCGGCGCUACCAGAAGUCGACGGAGCUGCUGAUCCGGAAGCUGCCCUUCCAGCGCCUGGUGCGGGAGAUCGCGCAGGACUUCAAGACGGACCUGCGCUUCCAGAGCUCGGCCGUCAUGGCGCUGCAGGAGGCGAGCGAGGCCUACCUGGUGGGGCUCUUCGAGGACACCAACCUCUGCGCCAUCCACGCCAAGCGCGUCACCAUCAUGCCCAAGGACAUCCAGCUCGCCCGGCGCAUCCGCGGGGAAAGGGCCUAAGGCGCAUUAUUCCCACACACACCGAUCAAACCCAAAGGCUCUUUUCAGAGCCACCACUUGA